AAUAUAAAAAAACAUAAAUUUUCAAUUAAAAUAAUAAAAUACAAUGCCGGAUCAUAGUGAAGAAUUGUUAAAAAUACGUAAGUUUCUUAAAGAACGAUUACAGAAAGACUAUACAACUUUUCGUGGGCAUGAAAAUGAACGAGAAAAUAUCAGACAAUUGUUGCAGCGCACAGCCGAAAUGGGGGAAUCCAACUCCUUGCUUUUAAUAGGACCGCGAGGAUCAGGCAAAACUACUCUCAUUAAUGCUGUUUUAGGCGAUUUAAUGAAAAAUAAAGAUUUCAUUUCGAAUACCUUAAUUGUUCAUUUAGAUGGUAAUCUUCAUACUGAUGAUAGAUUGGCUUUGAAAUCGGCCACCGUACAAAUGCAAUUGGAAAAUGCUACAGACGGCAAAGUUUUUGGUUCUUUUGCAGAAAAUUUAGCCUUUUUAUUGGCUUGUCUUAAGGCAGGCAACAGAAAGUCCAAAAGUGUUGUUUUUAUUCUGGAAGAAUUUGAUUUGUUUUGUGCCCACCACAAUCAAACAUUGCUGUACAAUCUUUUUGAUGUCUCACAAAGUGCUCAAGCUCCAAUUUGUGUGUUGGGUGUUACUUGUCGCUUGGAUGUUAUAGAAUUGUUGGAGAAACGUGUUAAAUCAAGAUUUUCACAUCGUCAAGUGUUUUUAUUUCCAAAUGCUGAACAAUUUGAUGCAUAUAUGAAACUGUUUGUCGAUCUUUUAACGAUACCCAGUGAUAAAGAUCUUAAGGAACAAGCUGAAAGAGUGGCCACCCUAAAGAAUUUUAAUUCCCAGGAAAUGACUUUUCAUCGCAAUCACUUUAAUCCAGCCAAAUAUAAAUUCAACAAAAAGAUCAGUGAAUCUUGGAAUAAAUAUGUGCAAAGUUUACUAAAACAUGCCACAGUCAACAAAUCUCUGCAAGCCAUGUUUGAUUUUGAUGUAAGCGAAUCGCUGCUUAAAACAUUUAUCUUUCGUUUAGUGGCCAAAAUAAAGCCAGAUGCCAAUAUAGAAAAUCAAAUAACGCCAGAACAAAUAGCUCAACUUACAGCAUCUUACGAGUCCGAUGAUAAGGUUGAACUUUUGUGUGGCCUAUCCGUUUUAGAAUUAUGUUUAAUUAUAGCCAUAAAACAUCAUUCGGAAAUUUAUGAUAGAGAUGCUUUUAAUUUCGAAAUAAUUUUCUCAAGAUUUACAAAAUUUGCCAAAGUGUCGACGACAAUGCAGGGCGUAGAAAGAUCAGUAGUCUUAAAAGCUUUCGAACAUUUACGCAAUGUAGAAUUGCUGCUACCACUGACGUCUACAACUUGCAAAGUUCAAAAGGAGUUUGAAAUGCACAAGUUGGCAUUGACCUAUAGCCAGAUAAAUCAGGCCGUACAACGUUAUCAGGCCCUGCCGACAGAGGUGCAUCAGUGGUCACAAAGUUCUUUAAUUUAAGUUAUACAUUUUUAUGGGUUUUUUUUUAUUGUCCUUAAUAUUUAAAUAAAGUAUUACGUUUUAUAUAAAA